ACGUGAAAAACAUCAUCCCGCGUAAUCAAAACCUACAAGGCCGUUUGUUGACAGGAACAAGUCUUUCACGUGGACACAGCCAGUUCGACAGGCCUCUUCAAAGCCGUGUCAAAAAAAAUCCAGUUUUACUGGAAAAACUGCUUUUUUAAGUUAUUUCAAGAUGGACAAAAUUGAAAAUGGAUGGUUUUUAGAGAAAAACAAACAAUGGCCUGGACAGGUCUUUGGGCUGGAAGUAGAAGAGGUCCUGUAUAGUGGGAAAUCUCAGUACCAAGAUAUUCUGGUUUUUAAAAGCAAGACAUAUGGAAAUGUUCUGGUGCUUGAUGGAGUCAUCCAGUGCACAGACAAAGAUGAAUGUGCUUAUCAAGAAAUGAUAUCGCUAUUGCCUUUAAAUGCACAUCCUAAUCCCAAAAAGGUUUUGAUCAUAGGUGGUGGUGAUGGUGGAGUUGCAAGAGAGGUUGUUAAACACCCUUGUGUUGAAUCGGUUACUCAGUGUGAGAUAGAUGAAGAUGUUAUAAAUGCUGCAAGAAAAUAUUUACCCAAUCUGGCCAUGGGUUUUGAUAGUCCUAAAAUGAACCUCCAUGUAGGCGAUGGUUUUGAAUUCAUGAAAAAUCACCAGUCAGAAUUUGAUGUUAUAAUUGCAGAUACAAGUGAUCCUGAAGGGCCUGCAGAAAGUCUCUUUACAGAUGAAUUUUACAAACUUAUGAAUAAUGCUCUAAAACCAGAUGGUCUCCUAUGUACGCAAGGAGAAUGCAUGUGGAUACAUUUAAAACUGAUCAAAGAAAUGAAAACAUUUUGUAGAAGAUUAUUUCCUGUUUCAUCGUAUGGAGCUAUUUCAAUACCUUCUUAUCCAUGUGGAACAAUAGGAUUUAUGAUGUGCAGUAAAAAUAUUGAGACAAAUUUCAAGGAACCACUGCGUAUUUUCACUGAAGAGGAAAAGGAAAAGAUGAAGUUACGAUAUUAUGAUGAAGAUGUCCACAGAUCAGCUUUUGUAUUACCAAGAUUUGUCAAAAAGUUCAAUGAAGCAAAAUGUACAAACCAUAAAGAAACACAUGAAGAAAAAACACAGGGUACAACAUACUUGUCUAGUCAUUUACAAUUUACUCCCUGUUAUAGCAUUCCCUUUCUUUGGCUCCUCAAAAGAAAGUCUUUCUGUUAAACAACAUACCACACU